ACCGCAAAGGCAAUUCACUCCUAUUUUAGCAUCCGAAAAUCUCAAUUCAAAUUGGGGAGUAGCCAAAACCUAGAAUUUCAAACCUCAACCCCCCCAACCCCAUAUCAAUUCACCUACCACAGUUGGGCAAGUCUUCAGCACGGCUGAAACAUAAACCCUAACCCAACGGGAAAACAGACUAGAAGAAAGAGAUCCAGAGAAGGUACUAGAAGAAAUAGAACAUGCGAUGAAGAAGGGGGGGGAAUGAAAGAGAGUGGAGGAAUUGCGGAAUUAUGACCUCUGCAGUCAGGGAAGAGCUUGAUGAACCAGGCAUGGAGGCGGACGCCAUCGGAGGAUCGGAGCCAGACGUCCUCGUAAGUGAGACGGAGGCGGGCGGGAGUAAUCGGGUAGGACUUGGUGAGACCAGGGACGACGGGGACGUAGACGAGCCGCUCUUGAAAGGCAACCAGCAAGGCCAUCCCGGUGAAGACUAUGCCGCCGACGCCGUAGAGGAGGAUGUUGAGGUACGCCACCAUCUUUCCCGGCGGGGUAGUUUCCGCGUUUCGAUCGGAUUUGAUGAUGAUUGAUGGGUAAAGCCGUAAAGGGAACGCCGAAUCCCCCGAAAAGGCAACUCUUUAGCCGUGACCCUGAGGUCGCAGUUGAGUUGCGUUGCUGUGCUUUGGGCCUUGGAGUACGUCAGCGCGAGUGUGGUCUGCCUCUGUCACUGUGAAUUUGCUUUCUUUCGUUAUCCUUCUUGAUUUUCAUUUGUUAAAAAUUUAGGCGUGAUUUGACAACUAUGUAUUGCGGAAAACGUGUAUUUGUAGAAAGUAUGUAUUUUGUUAACUAUAAGAAUACAUGUACUAGAGUAGAGACUAGAGAGUAUAUUGUCUGGUUUGCAAGAUGAGUUGAUUGUGUUAAAGAGUAUAUUAUUAUCCAAUUACAAAAUAGUGAGAAAAAAAUAAAAUAGAUUUUUUCCCUUUUUUUAAUUUGAUGAAGUAAAUAAUAAAAGAAAUUUGAAAUUUGUAUUUAUUUUUUUGUUUGAUGCUGACAUGGCAGUGAUUUGAACAAUUGCAUAAAGGUAAGUGAUUUGACCGUCCAAAGUCCAAACAGACAGUCAAACCACGCUUCUGGUCAAUUGAAUCUAUAUGAUGCAUAUUUCGAAUCAAAAUUUUAAUUUUUCAAACCACUAACUAAAGUUAAUUAUAUGAUUAUAGUUCGGGCCACACCGAUAAAACUAAACAUUCUAACUUCUAUUGGGUUUAGGAGGGUAUGUACGUCACAGAUUUGGGGCCUAGUGGCGACGAAACAAACAUACUCCUCCUCACUUUGGGCUCAGACUAGAUCAGAGGUAAAUUGAGCUCAAAAUAAAGAACAUAUCAAAAGCCCAUCCCAAUUAUUAGUAAGAGAUGGGCUCAAUUGGGGUCAUUGGAAGUAAUGCCAGAACGGUUUUGGAUUAUGGAGACUAGUUUGUAACAAGGAAGGGAAUAAGUGAAUAACUACGUCAUAUUUCGGAGCCCCUCAAAUUGUGGAUCUGCAACAAGAAAAGAAAAGAGCGUAAACAGAUUGUAGGAGGAGGAAGGAAAAAUUACUGAGAGCAGAUGGAGUAUCUCUGGAUCAUCAAAAUGGAGUAUGAUUUUGUUUCCGACGGAUGACCAACAACGGGAAGAUUGAUGUUUGGGACUUAGAAGAAGUUAGGACGAUGCCCAAAGUUUGUGUUGAUAUUGCAAUUUGAGUAUAGGAUCAUAGAUCUUGGUUGGAUGCAAACUUUUUAUUAUUAGUCAUUUAAACGUGGUAAAAAUUAUGUAUAGAAGUUGUGGAGGAGAUUUGUAGAAUGUUAGGAUGUUAUUUUGCCCAAACUAAAAGGCUUGGUUUAUUAAAUUAUUUUGGUUCUACAUUUUUGCUCGCGUGUCAAAAAGCAACAUCCACGUCAACAUAAUUUGCCAUGUCAGAGUUCACUGACGUUAGACUGGAUAAAAAGUUAACGGUUUGGCUAUUUUAUUGUUUGUCGAGAUAUUUGGCUUUUUUUUGUUAAAAACGAAAGGUUUGACUAUUAUUUUGUUUUAAUCUUAUAUUAAAUAUGAUGAACAAGAUAAUUCGCUCAAAAGUUCGAAGUAAGUCACAAUAAUUUGUGCAAGUGUUUAUAUGCCAUCUUUGUACAGUGGUAUGGACUUGUUUAGCUCUUGAUUCCUUGUAGGGAUAACAAUCAAACCCGUAAUCAUCCGUACCACAACUGUCCCGACCUAAUUAAAGCUGGAAAUAUUGUUGCGACUAGAUAUGAGUAAAAUUACAAAAAAAAAUUUGAUGGGAAUGAGGAGGGUAUGAUUUUAGCAUUCCCACUUCAUAGAGUCAUAGUCAUACCCACCAUGAGCAUUUUUUUUCAUGUAUAAAAAUUAGUGAGAUCAAAUUUUAACCUUCAAACGAAAGAAGUAGUGUAGUUCAAUAAUAAAAAUAAAAAGAGUUGAAAUGU